UAUUUAUAACUAUGUUUCUAUUCGGUUAGUUCGCACGUAUAAUAAUGUAAUUUUCUCAAAACAUACAUAACUUAUUCAAAUAAUUAUUGAAGUAAAUACAAAUACACCAGUGUAUACAAAGUCUGCUGAAAGAUGAAUGAAAUAAAAAGGAAUACAUAUUUAGAGUUUAAUCCAAAUCAAUUACAAGAAAUAAGAAAGCAAUACGGCUAUGAAGAUGUGAAUGUAUUGAGAAAAACGAUCGAUGCUAUAGAAGAUUGGAUCGCGAAACAAAAUCAUUUCGUAGUGAGAAAAUUUGAUCGUGAUUACAUAGAGAGGAUUUUGAUGAAUUCCAAAGGUUCCGUCGAAAAAACUAAGCAAAAACUGGACAAACUUUGCACGGCUAGACUUUUGAUUCCUGAAUUUCUGAAAAACUUCAAUGUAAAAACAGAAUUUGAUAUUCUAUUUUCCAUGGCUCACUCGGGCAUCCUGCCGAAGCCCACGCGGGGUCACCACAGGGUGGUGUUCCUGCAGCUCCACGCCGACAGCUUCGAGCGCUUCACCGUGCUCUACUCCUUCCGGUACCUCAUCGUCAUGAUGGAGUACCUGCUGACGCACGACUACAUGGCGGGCGUGAUCUGGCUGCUGGACUUCAGGAAGAUGAACUACGAGUUCAUCACCAGGCUCAACCCGAUACUGAUGCAGAAGGCCAUGUCUAUAUCUACUGAAGCCUACGCGAUGCGGCUAGAAGCGAUGUACUUAAUCAACUCCUCGAAGCUGGUCAGCACCCUGGUGGCCAUGAUCAAGCAGACCCUCAGCGACAAGUUGAAGAGUCGCCUCCACGUGCUCAGCGCCCCGGAGGAGCUGGCGGGUCACCUGGACCUGGACAUGCUGCCGGCCGACUACGGCGGCGGACAGAAGACUAUUGAGGAGUUACACAAUGAAACCUUCAAGCAGGUUUCCUCGGAGGAUCACAUACGAAGAAUGGAAGAUUCGGAGAGAGAGAUGACGAACGAGGCGUGUAGGACAACCAUGAGGUUCAAUGAAGAGGUGCUCGGCAUGCCCGGCUCCUUCAAGUCUUUCAACGUUGACUGAUUCGUCGUUGACAGUACGUCUAAUACGGGUUUUACAGUUUUUCGAAAACUAUAAAGGUUUACGUUUUCUCGCAUACAAACUGGCGCCUCUAGCGGAAUCUAUCCUGAAAUUUUUGACAGACAAUGUAUGCAGAUGAGAACACAGAUGAAAACCUAAACUUUUUUAGUUUUCGUAAAUUGCAAAACCCGUACUAGAAGCUAAGUAGACGAUAAUGGCAAAAUUGCAAUGCUGACGCGACAUACAUAACUAAGUUAAAAUCUACUAAAAUAAUGUAUAAUAUAGUGGAAUUCAAUAAAGGAAUCAAAAUUGUA